AUGGAUCCCCAGCAGCCUGUUUUUAGCCUGAUGAAGCGAUUCUGUCCUUGUUUCAGCCUGCUGCCACUACCAAGCCAGGACUGGAGCAAGAGUGAUGAGAGGCUUCUGCAGGCCGUGGAACAGAACGAGCCCGACAAAGUCUCUGCCCUCAUCGCCAAAAAGGGUCUGUGUCCCACCAAGCUGGAUGCUGAGGGAAAGUCUGCGUACCACCUCUGUGCAUCGAGGGGUCGUCUUGACUGCCUCGAGGUCAUCAUCUCUCAUGGAGCGGACCUCAACAUCGCUGACGGCGCUGGCUUCCAUGCCCUUCACCUAGCAGCCAAAAACGGCCAAUCAGACUGUUUAAAGAGACUUUUACAGGAGAGAUUGGCUGUCGACUGUACAGACGGCAUUGGGAGGACACCACUGCAUCAUGCAGCGGUCAGCGGCUGCCUGUCCUGCACUGAGACCCUGUGGGACUUCAAGGCCAAUCUGGAUGUCCAGGAUGGGGAUGGAGCCACGCCUCUGAUCCUAGCUGCCCAGAUGAGCAGAGUGGAGCUGUGUGUCUUUCUGUUGGGUCGAGGGGCCAAUGCAAACAUCCAGGACAACCAGGGAAGGUCUGCCCUGAUGCUGGCCUGUGAAAGUGACAGUGCCGAGACAGUGGAGGCUCUGCUGAGAGGCGGGGCCAACACACAGCUGGUCGACGCCCUCGGGCAUGAUGCCGCCCACUACAGCGUAACCACGGGCAACCAGUGCAUCACACAGCUGCUGCAGGAUGGGGCACCUCCGGCCGCUGAGGGCACAGGCCAGGAGCCCCCAGCCCUCCCAACCACACAAGGGGGGACCACCCCCCGCAAGAGGAAAGCCCCUCCACCACCCCGCUCUCCUCCCCAGAUCCAGGGCUUGCCACCCUCUCCAGAGCCCGUGAGUCCCACCCCCCCUCCUCAGUCCCCUGAACCCCAGUCCCCGGAAACACAGCACCCAGCCCAGGCAGAGGAUGAGGAGGUGUUUGAGGAGAUCCGACGGCUGCGUCUGGAGAGAGGCCGUCUGCUGCAGAAGAUCAAAGGCCUAGAGCAGCAGCAGCAGAGCGCCAUCUCUGCCGUGGAGGAGGUGUCCCAGCUGAAGGAGCGUCUGGAGCAGUAUGAGGCAGAGAGGAACAGGCUGCAAGGGGAGCUGGAGGAGCUGAGGGGAGGCCUUGGUAUCGGGGCAAGUGACUCUGAGGACAUGGACGAAAUGUUGGACUUCCCAGAGAAGCUGCUCUCCAGGCGGUCCAGAGCAUCUCCUGCCCAGGAUGAUGCCGCCUCUCAGGGGGAGACAGACUCAGCCAACCCAGGCUCUGCGGCUGAGCUCCACAAACAAAUAGAGGCACUUAGAUCAGAAAACUCUGAGCUCGUUCUCAAAGUGCAGAUGCUGGAGAUGUUUGAAAAGGAUGACACAGACAUGCAGAGCUCCAGCCCAGACUUUGUCCCCACAGUGCAGUACGAGACUCUCAGGAGGGAGUUUGAAGCCCUUCAGGAGCGCUACGCACAGGCCCAGGGCUCAGACGAGGCCUCCAGCACGGCAGAGGAGCGUGAAGAGAAGUCUCAGAACGGCGGGGCAGAGGGAGAGAGUGCGGAGGCCAUGAAGGAGAAGCUGCGCGGGCUGGAGGAGCAGCUGGCCUCCUCCCAGACUGAACUAGAGGAGCUGAAGGAACAGGUGCGCCUCGGGGUGCUUUCCGUGGAGCAGCUCGAUAAUGACAGGGAACGGGACACGCCUGGAACGGGGGGUGGGGCUGAGGCCGACGAGGGGUUGAGGCAGGAGGCGCAGCAGCUGAGAGCGAGGGUCGCGGCGCUGGAGGCAGAGAUAGCUAAGAGAGAGGGCGAGGCAGAGGGCCAAAGCAGCCAGGACAGUGACACAAUCAAACAGCUGACGACAAAAGUAGAGGAUCUCCAAGCUGCCCUGGCCAAGAGAGAGUCAGCAAAAGAGGAAGGGGGAAAGAACGAAGGAGAAGGAGAGGGAGAAACCGUGAAGCACCUCCGUGACAGGCUGACUGAACUGGAGGCAGCCCUGGCAGAGAGCAGGGCUUCAGAGAAGGUGGACGCGGGGCGGGAGAGCGGAGCAGGACAUGUGGAAGGGGAGCUGGUGCGUCGCCUCCAGAUCCGUGUGGGGGAGCUGGAGGGAGAGCUGAGGAGGUGCGUGCCCAGGUCAGAGCUGGAGGAGGUGCAGGUGACCCUGGGACUCCAGUGCGAGCAGCUGGCCAGGGAGCGGGCUGAAGUGGCUGUCAGGCUCAACGAGGCUCUGCUGGAGCUGGAGCGAGUCAGGCCUCCUUCACAUCGAGAUGGAGAUGACGACGAGGAGGAAGAGGAGGAGGAGCGCUCAGAAAGCUCAGAGCCCUCAAUCACAUCAGAUCACUCCAGACGCACCCUGGCGGCAGUGAGAGAGGAACUGGAGGUAGCGAGGCAGGAAGCCGCGCAGGCACUGGACUGUCUGUGUGCUGAGCGCGAGGGCCGGGCGCAGGACGCCCUGCAGAUGAAAGACACAGUGCCGCUGUCCAAACAUAAGGAGGCGCUGUCCGCAGUGUCCGAACAACUGGCUCAGACCCUGCAGGAGCUCCAGCAGGAGAGGACCCUGCGUGGCCAGGCCGAGGAGCAGGCCGCCCAACUGGAGGCCAAGCUGCAGGCCAUGCAGGACGCCGUACCCAGGGAGGAGCACGAGAAAGUCAAGGCAGAGCUACAGCGAUCCCUGCAGGCCAGUGAGAGCAGUGCAGCGGCGUCUCGGGACGCUCUGCAGGAGAAGGAGAUGGAGCUGAGGGAGAUCAAAGCCCAGAAGGCUGCAGAGCAGGGGCUGAUUUCCAAGGAGGAGCACGAGGCCCAGCGAUUGUCCCUGCAGGCCGAGAUCAACAGCAUCACAGCGCGUUUCAACGACCUCACCCGCAAACACGAAAAGACCUGCACCGAGGUGUUCCAGGUGCAGAGGGAGGCUCUGUUCAACAAGAGCGAGCGGCAGGUGGCGGAGGCACAGCUGGCCACAGUGCAGCAGCAGCUUUCUGACUUGCAGGCCCAGUCCAGCCACAUCCAGGAGCUCCACAAAGACAUCAAAGAGUCCCAGGGUCUGGUGAAGGAGAAGGACCGCAAGAUAACAGAGCUGUCUAAGGAGGUUUUCCGACUAAAGGAGGCUCUUGGAGCUCUCUCACCUCCUCUGGGCAUCACCUCCUCCUCCUCCUCCACUCAUCAUGGGAACCCCGGGCAGCAGAUGGCACUGCAGAACAGAGUGGCCAUACUGUCCCAGCAGCUCCAGGAUUGGGAGCGAAAACACAGGCAGGUGGUGGCUGUAUACCGCUCCCAUCUACUGUCAGCUGUACAGGGUCACAUGGAUGAGGAGGUGAAGGGUCUGCUUCUCCAGAUCCUGAGGAUGACACACAAGGAGCAGCAGGGACACUGAGACCUACCACACCUGCCAGCCUGGUCAUUCUGUCCACCUCUAGUCCUUAUACAGGUCCAAAAAUGCAGCUCCUGCACAGCAACCUAUGAGACCCAGUAUAACCCAUGUAGAAAACACAGGUGAACUGUGUUCAGAUGUAGCUGCAUGUCAACAGUACAGUAAUCUAUACUACAGCCGUAGAGCUUGACCGAUAACCAAGCAGUGAACAACAGAACUGUAUGGAGUGCCUUCAUGGCUGGGAAACUUGAUUAAUAUGCAGCAGCCUACAAGUCAGGGGGUUAUGUGUGAAUGCAGAUAGAUAGAUAGAUAGAAAGCAGAGUGUGAAUGCAGAUAGAUGUAAUUUGG